AUGUCCUCUUCCACCAUGCCGUCCUCUUCCGCCGAGCAGGUCAUGCCCAUCGCCAUCGUCGGCAUCGCCGGCCGCUUCCCGGGCGACGCCGAGAACCCGCAGAAGCUGUGGGACAUGCUCGCCGAGGGCCGCAGCGCGCUGUCCGACGUGCCCGGCGACCGCUUCAACGUCGACGCCUUCUACCACCCGCACAACGAGCGCCAGGGCACCAUCAACGUGCGCAAGGCCCAUUUCAUGAACCGCGACAUCUCGGCCUUUGACGCCCCCUUCUUCAACAUGCCCAUCGCCGAGGCCAAGGCCAUGGACCCCCAGCAGCGCAUGGCCCUCGAGUGCACCUACGAGGCCUUGGAGAAUGCCGGAAUCGCCAUGGAAAAGGUCGACGGCUCCAACACGUCCUGCUUCGUCGGCUGCUUCACCCGCGACUACAGCGACAUGCUCGCCUGCGACCGCGAGGACCUUCCGCUGUACCACGGCACCGGCACCGGCUCGGCCAUCAUGUCGAACCGCAUCUCCUGGUUCUUCAACAUGAAGGGCCCGAGCAUCAGCCUCGACACGGCCUGCUCGUCGUCCAUGGCUGCGCUGCAUCUCGGCUGCCAGAGCCUGCGCACCGGCGAGACCACCAUGUCCGUCGUCGGCGGCACGAACCUGAUGCUUCUCCCGGACAUCAUGGGCGCCAUGACCCGACUGCACUUCCUGAGCCCGGAUGGCAAGUGUCAGUCUUUUGACCACAAGGGCAACGGAUAUGCGCGUGGCGAAGGCGCUGGCUUCUGCAUCUUGAAGCCCCUCCACCUGGCCCUCAAAGACGGCGACGUGAUCCGCGGCGUCAUCCGGAACACCGCCGUCAACCAGGACGGCCACACCCCCGGCAUCACCCUCCCGGCCGCCGACGCCCAGGAGGCCCUGAUCCGCCGCAUCUACGCCGAGGCCGGGCUGAGCCUGGCCGACACGACCUACGUCGAGGCCCACGGCACCGGCACCCCGGCCGGUGACCCCGUCGAGGCGGCCGCGCUGGCGGCGACCUUUGGAAGCGCCCGGCGCCCCGGCGACCCCGUCUACAUGGGCUCCGUCAAGUCCAACGUCGGCCACCUCGAGGGCGGCUCCGGCCUCGUGCAGGUCAUCAAGGCCGUCCUCAUGCUGGAGCAGGGCAAGAUCCCGCCGUCCCUGUACUACGAGAAGCCGAACCCGCGCAUCCCCAUGGACGACUGGAACCUCCGCGUGCCCACCGAGCUCCUCCCAUGGCCCGCCGCCGGCUUGCGCCGCAUCAGCAUCAACUCCUUCGGUUACGGGGGCACCAACGCCCACUGCAUCCUCGACGACGCCUACCACUACCUCAAGGACAACGGGCUCACCGGCAACCACAACGUCCAGGUCGCCGACGGAGCGUCCCCGACGCUUUCCGACGACUCGGGUGUGUCUCUCGUCGAAGGCGUCGACCGCCUGACGACGCUGGAAGGAGGGGGGGACCUGUCCGAGUACAGGCUGGACGCCCACGCGUCCUCGUCGCCCAAGCCCCAGCUUCUGACCUGGAGCUCGCACGACCAGGCCGGCAUCAGCCGCACGUCGACGGCCUACGCCUCCUACCUGGCCUCCAAGCUCGGCUCGGACGAGAAGGAGAAGCAGGCGCCCGAGGUGUUUGAGAGGCUCGUGAACACGCUCACGACGCGCAGAAGCCGGCUGCCGUGGAAGUCCUUCGCCAUCGCUUCGUCGUGCAAGGAGGCCGUCUCGGCCCUCGAGGAGCCCGUCGCGGAGCCCGUCCGCUCGGCCAACGGCAAAAAGGUCCGUCUCGCCUUCGUCUUCACGGGCCAGGGCGCCCAGUGGUUCGCCAUGGGCCGGGAGCUCUUCUCCACGCCCGUCUUCCGGGAGAGCAUCGAGGCUGCUGAUGCUUACAUGCGAGAUAUGGGCGCGUCGUGGUCGCUGGUGGCCGAGCUGUGGCGCGACGAAGAGACCAGCCAGGUCGGCCUGGCUCACAUCAGCCAGCCCGUCUGCACCGCUCUGCAAGUCGCCCUCGUCGAUCUCCUGCGCCACUGGAACGUGGUGCCCGGCGCCGUCAUCGGCCAUUCGAGCGGAGAGAUCGCCGCCGCCUACGCCAAGGGCGCACUUACACGCCGGGACGCCUGGGCCAUCGCGUACCACCGCGGCCGUCUGGUCCGCAGCGUCAAGCUCAACGGCGCCAUGUUGGCCACCAGCCUCGGGCCCGAGGAGGCCGAGUCGUACAUCGAGCGCCACGCCUCGGGCCGGACGGUCGUCGUCGCCUGCGUCAACAGCCCGUCCAGCACGACGCUCUCGGGCGACGCCGACGCCAUCGACGAACUCUUCUCGCGCAUCAAGGACGACGGGCACUUUGCGCGCAAGCUCAAGGUCGACGUCGCCUACCACUCGCCGCACAUGCAGGCCGUCGCCGAGGAGUACCGCCGGAGCCUCGCCCACGUCGCGCCGCUGGUGCCCGAGGACCCUCGCGCGCCCAAGAUGUUCUCGUCCCUGCGUCCGGGCAUCGUCGCCAGCGAGCAGCUCGGGCCGGACUACUGGGUCGACAACAUGGUCAGCCGGGUCGACUUCUCGGGCGGCAUGAUGGCCAUGAUGGGCGGCGGCGCCAAGGACCGACCGAGGGCGGCGCGGAGGACAGCAGGUGGCGGCAGCGCCGGUAAGAAGGCCGAGGUGGACAACAUGAUGAUCGAGAUCGGUCCCCACGGCGCCCUCCACGGUCCCUUGCACCAGAUCUUCACGCACGGCGCCGACAAGAACAACAGCUCGGCCUCUGUGACGGAUCUGAGCUACCGCUCCGUCCUCGAGAGGGGCAAGAAUGCGGCCGAGACGGCCCUGACGCUCGCCGGCAAGCUGUUCCAGCUGGGCUACCCCAUCGACAUUGAGGCCGUCAACGGGAACUCCUUGUCGUCGUCGACGUCCUCCUCCUCUUCGGGAAGCGGUGCCUUCUUGGUCGACCUGCCCCCCUUCAGCUGGAACCACGAGCUCAAGUACUGGUCCGAGUCGCACACGGCCAGAGCCCACCGGUUCCGCAAGCACCCCCGCAAGGAUCUCUUCGGCUCCGAGACGCUUGAGGCCAUCGACCGCGAGCCCCGCUACCGCAACAUCCUCAAGCUCGCCGAGGUGCCGUGGGUACAGUACCACAAGGUCCAGGGCUCCAUCCUGUACCCGGCCGCCGGCAUGAUGAUCAUGGCCAUCGAGGCCCUGUGCCAGAAGGCCGACGAGAACCAGACUGUCGACGGGUACGAGCUGCGGGACGUCAUUAUCGGCAAGGCCCUCGUGGUGCCGCAGGACGAGGACGGCGUUGAGACCAUGCUGACGGUGAAGCCGUCCCGCCUCGGCUCCCGCACCAACAACGCCUCCUCCGUCUGGCAGGAGUUCCAACUCUACUCCCGCAAGGAGUCGUGGGAGCUCAACUGCUCCGGUCUGAUCCGCAUCCGCUACGAGGCGCCCGCCCACUCGUCCUUCGCCGAUGAGGACCGUAUCCUCGCUGACCAGUACGCCGAGCAGGGCCGGAGCAUCGCCGAGGCCUGCUCGCGGCACCAGAACCCGCGGCAGUUCUACGGCAACCUUGAGUCCAUCGGGCUGCACUACGGGCCCGUGUUCCAGGGCCUGACGAGCAUCAGGAAGGGCGACCACCAGGCGGCCUGCACGAUCGAGAUCCAGGACACCCGGGCCACGAUGCCGCACCGGUUCGAGUACCCGCACGUCAUCCACCCGGCCACCCUCGACAGCGUCAUCCAGAUGGCGCUUCCUUCCUGCUCCGCCGUCGACGAGGACCUGUCCGCGGCCAUGGUGCCCACCUCCAUCGGCCGCCUGUACGUGUCGGCCAGCUUGCCUUCGACUCCGGGCGUCCAGCUCCCGGGCUUCUCGUGCGCCAAGGAUGCGGCGACCGGCGGUCGAGAGGGCCUGGUCGUGCUGGCGGACGAGGGGUGGAGCAAGCCGCUCGUCGUCUUCGAGGGCAUCAAGAGCGCCUCCCUCGCCUCGUCGUCGUCCAUGGCGGACGGCAACGCCGCCGAUAUGCUCAAGCUCCGCAAGCUGACGUCCGUCUUCCACUGGCAGCAGGACAUCUCCAUGCUCGAGCCCGCCCAGAUCAGGGAGCUGUGCGCGGAGAGGGUCGGUGACCUCGGCCAGGUCGACCGCAGCGUUCUGCAGGAGCUCGAGAUGGCGUGCCUGAUCUACAUCAAGCGGGUCAUGAGAGAGUGCCCGGCUGAGGAGGCCGCGUCCUUCGCCUGGAACUUCAAGCUCUACUGGGAGUACAUGAAGCGGUGUUACAAGAUGGGCCGUCGCGGAGAGCUCUGCUACCAGAGUGCCGGGUCUGAGUCCGGCUCCGAGUCCGAAAGUGGGUCCGGCUCCGGCUGGCUGGACAUGACCCCGGAGGCCGAGGCCGAGCUCCUGGCCCGCGUGUCCCGUUCGUCGACCGACGGCGCCGCCCUCGUCGAGCACGGCGAGCACCUGUCGCAGAUCCUGCGCGGCGAGAUCCCCCCGCUCCAGAUCCUCAUGCGCGACAACUUCCUGCACAACUUCUACAAGGACGGCCUCGGCACGCAGCAGCACUACGCGCAGAUGGCCUACUACGUCGAGCUGAUGGCGCACAAGAACCCCAACAUGCGCAUCCUCGAGAUCGGCGGCGGCACGGGCGGCGCCUCGCUCCCCGUGCUCCAGGCCCUCGGCGGCGGCGCCGACGGCAGCGCGCCGCGGUUCGAGAGCUACACCUUCACCGACAUCAGCGCCGGCUACUUUGAGAAGGCCCGCGAGAAGCUCGCGCCCUGGGUUCCGUUCAUGGAGUUCGCGCGACUCAACAUCGAGGAGGAUCCGGCGGCGCAGCAGUUCGAGGAGGGGGCGUACGACCUCAUCAUCGCCUCCAACGUCCUCCACGCCACGCGGUUCAUCGGCAAGACGCUCGAGAACACGCGCAAGCUGCUGAAGCCGACCGGCAAGCUGGUUCUGAGCGAGAUCACGAACCCGUCGCAGAAGAUGCGCUUCCACAUGAUUGUCGGGUCUCUGGAGGGCUGGUGGUACGGAGAGGAAGACGGCCGCCACUUUGGCCCAACCCUGACCGUUGACGAAUGGGACAAGGAGAUGUUGUCCUCUGGCUUCACGGGCGUCGAUAUCGACUUCAGCAACUUCCAGGACGAGCGCGAUCUCAGCCUCUCCGUCAUGGUCACCACCGCCAACCAGCCACCGGCCGUUCCCGUGCCGUGUGAGGCGCUCGUCGUGCUCCCCAACCAUGCCGACUCGGACGUCUCGGCCUUCGCGGAGAAGCUGAGCGAGCGCCUGGCCAAUAACGGCUGCAGCGUCUUGCUGCGCCGGCUGCGCGAGACGACGGAUCUCGAGCUGCAGAACCGGUCCUCCCUGCUCCUCCUCGACGCCCCCGCCGACAAGCCCUUCCUCCCCGCCGUCUCGGCCGAGGACUGGGACGCCCUCCGGCGCAUCGUGCUGUCCUCCCGCGACACCGUCUACGUGACGCGCGGCGGCACCGUCCACAGCGAGAACCCAUCAGCGAACCUCAUGUCCGGCAUGGCGCGGAGUAUCCGGUCCGAGAACCCGGGCCUGGGUCUCACGACGCUCGACGUCGACCACGACGCGCCGAUGAACGCGGACGGCAUGGUCGAGGCCGUCUACAAGACCUUCUGCAAGGCCUGCGACUCCAAGGACGCCGAGCGGCCCGACUGGGAGGUGGCCGUGCGGGACGGCAUGCCCAUGGUGCAGCGCAUCGUGCUGGACAAGGGCAUGAACGACCUCAUCACCGACCUCAACGCGCCGCCGGCGCCGCGCGAGAUGCCCUUCCGCCAGGAGGGCCGUCCCUUGACCAUGGCCGUCGGCACCCCCGGCCGCCUGGACACCCUCCACUUCCGCGAUGACCCGCGCGCCGCCGCCGCCGCCGCCGAGCCGCUGGCCGACAACGGGGUCGAGAUCAGGGUCAGGGCCGUCGGUCUCAACUUCAAGGACGUCAUGGUCGCCAUGGGACAGCUCGAGCAGCCCGCGCUCGGGGUCGACUGCAGCGGCAUCGUCGACCGCGUCGGCAAGGGCGUCUCGAGGGUCAGGCCGGGCGACGCCGUCAUGACGUGGAAGCUCGGCACGAUGGGCAACCUGGUCCAGGCCGAGGAGGCCAUGGUGCAGCUCGUGCCGGACGGCAUGGACCUCGUCACCGCCGCCUCGCUGCCCGUCAUCUACAGCACGGCGCACCACGCCAUCUCCAACGUCGCCCGGCUGCGCGAGGGCGAGUCCUUGCUGAUCCACGGCGCCGCCGGUGGCGUGGGCCAGGCGUCCAUCAUCCUGGCGCAGCACAUCGGCGCAAAGGUCUUCGCGACGGUGUCGUCCGAGGAGAAGAAGCAGCUCCUGAUGACGACGUACGGCAUCCCCGCCGAGCAAAUCUUCAACAGCCGCGACACCCAGUUCGUGCAGGGCAUCAUGCGGCUCACAGGGUCCAGGGGCGUCGACGUCGUGCUCAACUCGCUCGCCGGCGAGGCCCUGCGGCUCUCGUGGCGCUGCAUCGCCCGCUUCGGCCGCUUCGUCGAGCUGGGCCAGAAGGACAUUGUCGGCAACACGGGGCUCGACAUGGAGCCCUUCCUGCGCAACGUCUCCUUCCACUCGGUCAACAUGCUCGAUCUGCUCGACCACGACGUCGCCGCCGCGUCGCGAGUCUUCGCCGAGGUCAUGGACCUGCUCCGCUCCGGCGUCGCCCGGCCCGUGGCGCCCGUCGAGUCGUUCCCGCUGUCGCGGGCCGAGGAGGCCUUCCGCCGCAUGCAGAUGGGCAAGCACGUCGGCAAGAUCGUGCUCGAGGCGCGCGACGACGACGUGGUGCUCGCGACGCCGCCGCGCGUGGCGCCGAUGGCGUUCCGGGCUGACGCGACCUACGUCAUCGCCGGCGGCAGCGGCGGCCUCGGCCGGUGCAUCGCCGAGUGGAUGGCCCGGUCCGGGGCCCGGAACAUCUUGAUGCUCUCGCGCUCCGGCGACCGGAAGCGCACCGUCCGGGAGUUGCUCGGCCGCCUCGAGAAGCAAGGCGUCCGGGCCGCUGCCAUGGAGUGCGACGUCGGCGACGAGGGCCAGCUGCUGGCCUGUCUGGACCGCUGCCGAGCCGAGUCGUGGCCCCGGGUCCGCGGUGUCGUGCAAGGCGCCAUGGUACUCAACGAUGCUAUCUACCAAGGCAUGACACGCGACCAGUUCCUCGGCGCGACGCAGUGCAAGGUCCAGGGCAGCUGGCACCUCCACGAGCACCUCCCGCGCGACAUGGACUUCUUCGUGCUCCUCUCGUCGAGCGUGGGCAUCGCCGGGUCGCGGGCCCAGGGCAACUACAGCGCGGGCAACGCGUACCAGGACGCGCUCGCGCACCACCGGCGCGGGCGCGGGCUGCCGGCGUGCUCCAUCGACGUCGGCAUGGUGCUGGGGGUCGGGUUCCUCGCCGAGGAGACGACGGGCGACCGCGUGCACGAGAACACGCGCAGCUGGAGCUUCAUCGGCAUCCGCGAGCGCGAGUUCCUGGCCAUCCUGCAGGCGGCCAUGACGGGCGAGAGCGCGGCAGGGGCGGCGACGGCGCCGACGCAGAUGAUCACGGGGCUCGGCACGGGGGGCAUGAUGGCGCUCGGGUCGGAGAAGUACCCCUGGUGGUUCAACGACGCCAAGUUCGCGCACAUCGUGCAGGUCGACACGCACCACGUCGUGCAGGAGAAGAACGACGACGCCGGGCGGCUGCGCGACGAGCUGGCGGCGGCGACGGGGCUCGAGGGCGCCGCCGAGGUGGUGGCGGCGGCGCUCGUGCAGAAGCUGGCGCGCUCGAUGAUGGUCUCGGCCGAGAACAUCGAGACGUCGCGGCCCGUCAGCAGCUACGGCGUCGACAGCCUGCUGGCGGUGGAGCUGCGGUCGUGGAUCUACGAGGAGCUGCAGGCGGACGUGUCCGUGUUCGACCUGCUGAGCAACGUCGCCAUCUCGUCGCUGGCGCGGACCAUCGUCGCCGGGUCCAAGGUGGUGUCCCAGGCCGUCAAGGAGGCCUAG